UCCUUACUUUUUGUUUGUUUGAGGUUUCACGCUAGAAGGUGCCUCAGGAUGUCUUCACAUUUUGCCAGUCGACAUAGGAAAGAUUUAAGUACUGAAAUGAUUAGAACUAAAAUUGCUCACAGAAAAUCACUGUCUCAGAAAGAAAGCAGACAUAAGGAAUAUGAACGAAAUAGACACUUUGGUUUGAAAGAUGUAAAUAUUCCAACCUUGGAAAGUAGAAUUCUUGUUGAAUUAGAUGAGACAGCUCAAGAGCUUGUUCCAGAAAAGGCCAAUGUCAAGCCAAAGUCAAUAAAAACUGUUCUGGGUGAUCAACGAAAACAAAUGCUCCAAAAAUACAAAGAAGAAAAGCAACUUCAAAAAUUGAAAGAGCAGAGAGAGAAAGCUAAACGAGGAAUAUUUAAAGUGGGUCGUUAUAGACCUGAUAUGCCUUGUUUUCUUUUAUCGAACCAGAAUGCUGUGAAAGCUGAGCCAAAAAAGGCUAUUCCAUCUUCUGUACGGAUUACAAGGUCAAAGGCCAAAGACCAAAUGGAGCAGGCUAAGAUUGAUAAUGACAGUGAUGUUCAAGCAGUCCGACCUGGUCAAAGACAAACAUCUGAAAAGAAAGUGUCAGACAAAGAGAAAAAAGUUGUGCAACCUGUAAUGCCCACAUCAUUGAGAAUGACUCGAUCAGCUACUGAAGCGGCAAAGCAGGUUCCCAGAACAGUCUCAUCUACCACAGCAAGAAAGCCAGUCACAAGAGCUGCUAAUGACAACAAACCAGAAACAAAGGUGCCAAAUAAAGGAAGACCUGCCAAAAACAUAGAAACAAAACCUGACAAGGGUAUUUCUUGUAAAGUCAAUAGUGAAGAAAAUACUUUGGAUUCACAAACUAAUGCCACAAACGGAAUGGAUCCAGAUGGAAUCUUAUCAAAAAUGGAAAACUUACCUGAGAUACAUUCUGCAAAAAUGAAAGGGAAGAAUUCCUUCGCACCUAAAGAUUUUACAUUUCAGCCACUGGAUGGUCUCAAGACCUAUCAAAUAACACCUAUGACUCCCAGAAGUGCCAAUGCCUUUUUGACACCCGGUUACACCUGGACUCCUUCAAAAACAGAAGUUGAUAAGUCUCAAGAAGCAACAAAAGAAAUUUUGGCACAAAAAUGUAAAACUUACUCUACCAAGACAGUGCAGCAGGAUUCAAAUAAAUUGCAAUGUCCUUUGGGUCCUCUGACUGUUGGGCAUGAAGAACAUGUUUUAAAUAAAAAUGAAGCUACUACUAAAGAUUCAAAUGACCUUCCAAUAAAAGAAGUCUCAUCACUUGAAACAAAUGAAGGUCAAAUAUCUCAGCCCUACCAUGAUGUGCCGUAUUUCAGAAAUAUCCUCCAGUCAGAAACUGAGAAAUUAACUUCACAUUGCCUCGAGUGGGACAGGAAGCUUGACUUGGACAUUCCGGAUGAUGCUAAAGAUCUUAUUCGCACAACAGUUGGGCAAACAAGACUCCUUAUGAAGGAAAGGUUCCAACAGUUUGAAGGACUAAUUAAUGAUUGUGAAUAUAAACGAGGUAUAAAGGAGACUACCUGUACAGAUCUGGAUGGAUUUUGGGAUAUGGUUAGUUUUCAGAUAGAAGAUGUAAUCCACAAAUUCAACAGUCUGACCAAACUUGAGGAAUCUGGGUGGCAAGUCAAUAAUAUUGUGAAUAAUAAUACAAACAAAAGUGUCUUUAGGAAAAAGGUUGUCUCAGGUAUAGAGAGUAAACCAAAACAGGAUGAUACUGGAAGAAUUGCAGCGAGAAAUCGCCUAGCUGCCAUAAAAAAAGCAAUGAGAGAGAGAAUUAAGCAAGAAGAACAUGCAGAGGCAGUGGCCUCUGUAAUACCAAAGGAAAUUGAUAAAAUAGUGUUUGAUGCUGGAUUUUUCAGAGUUGAAAGUCCUGUUAAAUCAUUCCCAGGACCCUCUGUCUCUUCUGAAUGUCCUUCUCAAAGACUUAGAGCACCUAAGUCUGUCAGCAAAGCUGUAUCUCAGAGUAGAAAUGAGGUGGGCCUUCCACAAAAAACUACAUCAUCAGAGAAUGCCGAUUCUCAGAAUACUAAAAGUGAACAUGUGAAGAAGACUUUAUUUUUGAAUAUUCCUGAAAGCAGGAACAGCAUAGUAGAAGAUGCUCAGUGUCCUGGAUUACCAGAUUUAAUUGAAGAAAACCAUGAUGUAAAUAAGACAAACUUGAAGAUGGAUUGUUUACCCAGUGAGAAAAUGAGUUUGCCUCUUGUUGCUGGUAGAGUAGCAGAUGAUAUUAAUACUAACAAAAAAGAAGGAAUUUCAGAUGUUGUGAAAGGAAUGGCAUUGAAUUCUUCAGUUACAUCACAGGAUGUUUUGAUGAGUAGCCCUGAAAAACAUAUAGCUUCACAGAAUAACAUUUUAGAACAAGAGGAAAUGAAAAUUUCUCAGUCAGUACUACUUGAUAAUAAAAGUCUCAUUGAUGAAUGCCACCUUCUUGAUUCACCAGGUCUAAACUGCAGCAACCCAUUUGCUCAACUGGAGAGGAGACAUCAGGAACAUGCCAGACACAUUUCUUUUGGUGGUAACCUGAUUACUUUUUCACCUCUACAACCAGAAGAAUUUUGAAUUUAAAAAUAAAUCCAAACAUUUUCCUUC